AUGCCGAACAAUCCAACUGGCAUUAACGGUUACAGCAAGAAAGACUAUCCGCCAGACAAUAUUCUCUCUGCAUCCCUCCAUCAAUACGCAAAGGAGCGCCUCACUAAUGCUCAACGCCUUGAAAGGCUAACCGCUGAACAUGGGCUCAACAUCAAAAAGUCUCGCCUUGCCGAGCUAAAUCUCAAAUUUGGCGUGCCAAAUGUGCGAAAACCUCCCCCAACAGACAUAGCAACUCAGGCUGUACUGGAAAUGGUAGCGGAGGAUACCGCACAGACACGAGGAGUGGGUACCAUCUCCACUCUACUCAGCAACGAGGGGAUGUUGCUUCCUCGGUCAGCUCUUGUUGCAAUUGGUCCUAAUCACCAACAUCAUGCCGAUGGCCACGAAAAACUGAACGCGCAGGCCUUGGGUAUGGGUGGAGUUGGUCUUAAUAUCUACGGUAUAAAGGAUCAGUGGAGUUCCUUUCUCCUUCAUCUUGUCGUUCUUCCCAACAAUCGGCUUGCCUCCACUAUUGGACAUGUCUAUCUGGACUGUGUAAAGAAAUACGGGGCGGUUUGUAUUACUUUCAUCGUGGAUAAAGGCUCAGAGACUGGCUACAUUUAUGCCCAUCAAACUGGGCUCAGGGAGACCUAUGCUCCUGAUAUCGACAGCGACCAGUUUCCUCCAGCCCAACAUGUCCGAAGUGUUCAUAACACGCCGAUCGAGGGGUUAUGGCAUUGGUUUGUCACCUUGUUUGGCAUUGACAUCAAGGAAGUCAUCCAACAAGGGAAAGUCACCGGCGUAUAUAAUCCUGGCAAUCCUAUUCACCCACAGCUAUUUAACUGGAUCUGGCCGCAAAUUCUUCAACAUCAGCUCAACAAGUUUGUUGAAUAUUGGAACAAUCACAAAAUACGGUACCAGAGCACAAAACCAAACAUGUCGGGCCAGACACCUCAGCAUGCGUUCAUGGUUCCUCAAGCACCUGCCGAGGACUGCCGCAUUGAGGUACCUCAAGACGCCGUCGAUGCCCUUCGUAACACAAUCCCGGUCUCCCGUGAUGAAGCAAUGCGGUGGGUUGAUCCAUCCUUCGAGGAAGUGGUGAGGCGGGCAUAUAUAACAAUCGGUAGCCCUUCUCUCUCCAAUAUGAGUACAGGCUGGUCUAUUUUCAGCGCUAUGGCAGCAGUAAUUACUUUGUAA